CUUGAUAUCAUUCCAUAACUCAUAACUAGGGUUUCAAGAUAUGAGCGGUUUUAGGUUUUUCCGCCGGACUCCUAAACUCAUUCAAGAACAUCCUAGAGUAUGUACUGCCUUACUUCUCACCGGAAUCAGUGGAGGAAGUUUGUUGGCUUUCACAGAACAUAAAGCUUAUGCUCAUUCUAAUGAAGGUGAUUCAAAGAAGAAGAAGGUGGUUGUUCUUGGUACUGGUUGGGCUGGAACAAGUUUUUUGAAAAAUUUGAAUCAUCCUUCAUAUGAGAUUCAUGUGGUUUCCCCUAGAAAUUAUUUUGCAUUCACUCCUUUGCUACCGAGUGUUACAGUUGGAACAGUCGAAGCACGGAGUGUUGUUGAGCCUAUUCGCAACAUAACGAAAAAUAAACCAUUUGAUACUCAGUUUAGAGAAGCUGAAUGUUUGAGGAUUGAUGCGGAAAACAAAAAGGUUUUAUGUAGAUCUAGUCAAGAUACUAAUUUGGGUGGGGAAGAACAUUUUGAGGUUGAUUAUGACUACUUGAUUAUAGCACUUGGUGCCCGUUCAAAUACAUUUAACACUCCAGGAGUUGAAGAAAACUGCCAUUUCUUGAAGGAGGUUGAAGAUGCUCAGAGAAUCCGUAGGACAGUGGUUGAUUGUUUUGAGAGGGCGAGUAUCCCGAGCAUUAGUGAUGAAGAGAGGAAGAGACUUUUGCAUUUUGUUAUUGUUGGUGGAGGACCAACUGGAGUGGAGUUUGCAGCUGAACUUCAUGACUUUGUCACUGAUGAUUUAGCCAGUUUAUAUCCACUCCUUAAAGAUCAUGUGCAGAUAACACUUCUUGAGGCAGCUGAUCACAUUCUCAAUAUGUUUGACAAACGAAUCACAACAUUUGCUGAACAAAAGUUUCGCAGAGAUGGUAUUAAUCUAAAAACAGGUUCAAUGGUUACAAAAGUAACAGAUAAGGCAAUCACUACCAAAGAAAGAGCAACUGGUGAAAUUAAAUCCACUGAGUAUGGAAUGAUUGUUUGGUCAACUGGUAUUGGAACGCGCCCAGUCAUUACAAACUUUAUGAAGGAAAUUGGACAGGGAAAUAGACGUGCUUUAGCAACUGAUGAAUGGCUGCGUGUAGAAGGACACGAAAAUGUGUAUGCAAUGGGUGAUUGUGCCACUAUAAAUCAACGCUCAGUAAUGGCUGAUAUAACAGAGAUAUUUAGCAAGGCUGACAAGAACAAAACUGGGAAGCUGACAGUAAACGACUUCAAAGAUGUGAUAAAGGACAUUUUCGAGAGGUACCCACAAGUGGAGAUACAUAUGAAAAGGCAGCAGUUGAAAGGUUUUAAUGCCUUGCUGCAGAAUUCUCAAACAUCGAGUAAAAAAGAAGUUAUUGAUAUUGAAGUGUUCAAGAAUGCUCUUUCUGAAGUCGAUACACAAAUGAAAAAUCUUCCAGCAACAGCACAGGUAGCUGCUCAGCAAGGUGUAUAUCUUGCCAAAUGCUUCAAUAACAUGGAAGAAUGUGAAAAGAAUCCAGAGGGACCACUGAGGUUCAGGGGAACAGGGAACCAUAGGUUUCAUCCUUUCAGGUAUAGGCAUUUGGGACAAUUUGCUCCAUUGGGUGGAGAACAAACUGCUGCACAACUUCCAGGUGAUUGGGUUUCAAUUGGAUAUAGCUCUCAGUGGCUCUGGUACUCAGUAUAUGCAAGCAAACAGAUGAGUUGGCGAACAAGGAUGCUGGUGGUGUCUGACUGGGGAAGGCGGUUCAUUUUCGGAAGAGACUCGAGUCGUAUAUGAUCGAAUCGAUAUAUGAUGCUCUUUCCCAGAUAUGCUAC